CUGUAUGUUGGCGAUCUGGAGCCGGACGUGACUGAAGCCAUGCUGUUCGAGCGCUUCGGGUCUGUCGGUUCGGUUCAGUCAGUCCGAGUCUGUCGAGAUAAAGUCACGUGCCGCUCGCUCGGAUACGCCUAUGUGAACUUCGAGAAACCCACUGAUGCCGAACGAGCCUUGGAUACCAUGAACUUUGACCUCAUGAAGGGCAAGCCAAUGCGUCUAAUGUGGUGUCAGCGAAACCCUUCCCUGAGGAAGAGUGGCGUGGGAAACGUCUUCAUCAAGAACCUGCAGAAAUCCAUUGACAGCGAGGGCCUGUUUGACAUCUUCUCAUCAUUUGGAAACAUCUUGUCCUGUAAAGUGUGUUGUGAUGAAAACGGAUCCAAGGGCUUUGGAUAUGUGCACUUUGAGACGCGUGAAGCUGCUGAAAAAGCCAUCAUGAAAUUAAACGGCAUGUUGAUCAACGAGCUGAAAGUGUUCGUCGGCCACUUCAAAUCGAAAAAGCAGCGCGAGGCUGAAUUGCAGGAGAGAACAAAACAGUUCACAAACAUUUACAUCAAGAACUUUGGAGCAGAUGUGGAUUCCAAGACACUGACUGAGAUAUUCAGCAAAUUCGGCCCAACCUUGAGCGUCCGGGUCAUGACGGAUGAGAGGGGAAACUCUAGAGGAUUUGGUUUUGUCAGCUUUGAGAAACACGAUGAUGCCAAGCAGGCUGUGGACAAGUUGAACAGGACGGAGCUGAACGGCAGACACAUAUACGUGGGCCGAGCUCAGAAGAGACGAGAACGUCAGGUGGAACUGAAGCGACGCUUUGAACAGUUAAAACAGGAGAACAUCAUGCGCUGUCAGGGAGUGAAUCUGUACAUCAAGAACCUGAGCGACAGCGUAGACAGCGAUCUUCUCCUCAAAGAGUUCUCGCCAUACGGGAACAUCACCAGCGCUAAGGUGAUGACAGACGGCGGCCGCAGUAAAGGCUUCGGGUUCGUUUGCUUCUCCUGUCCUGAAGAGGCCACCAGAGCCAUUACUGAGAUGAACUGCCGCAUCAUCGACUCCAAGCCCAUAUACGUCUGUCUCGCCCAGAGGAAGAAGGAGCGGCAGGCCCAUCUCAUCCACCAAUACAUGAUGAGAAGGGCAAGCUUCCUUCGACAGCAGGAGCACUUCUUACCAACACAGGAUCAGAAUUACUCUUCAUACCACAACACCCAACCUCAACCCGGCGCUCAGGGGAACGCACAGAACAUCAGUCAUCAGUCCAGUUUCACUCCCUGGACGCCCAGCACAGCUGCAGUGAACCGAGAACUGCAACACACGUACGCACCUGUAGAUAACAACCAUCACGAGUUCACCAGCGCACCGCAGGAGCAAUGGGCUGUCCAACAGGUCCAGGAGUCUCUGACCACAUCCAUAUCCAGCUCACCGGAAAACCUCAAACAGAUUCUGAUUCACAGCCUCUUCCCACUCGUCCAGGACAUGGUAGGGCCCUUGGCGAAUACGGUCACUGAAAUGCUGUUAGAGAUGGAUGAAUCUGAACUGAUGCAGUUGCUGCACUGCUAUGAAUCUUUGUGCAUGAAGGUGAAUGAAGCACUUGCUGCUUAUCAAUCUUAUCAGCCAAUGGACGCGACACCGAUGUCCUUCAGCAGCCCUUAUUCUCACUGCCUGUGACAGAUAUCAAUGCACUGACCACAGCGUGUUUAUUCAUUUUUGUAAUGUUUCUUUUAAUAAAUUUAACAAUUUAAUGUCAAUUAAAAAAUAUUGUUCUGCAACAAUAUAAAUAAAUAUAUAUUUUUGCAUUUCUUUCAAUGUCAGUUAAGAAAUGUCAUGCAACAAUAUAAAUAAAUAUUUUUUCACGUU